UUCUCCUCUUCCCAUCCCUCCCCCAGAUCCCAUCCCAUCUCUCUCUUUCUCUCUCUUUUCCCCCGCUGCGCGCGCACCAAAUACAAAUCGCCCCCGACCAAUCCGAACGCUCGAAUCUCAGGGUUUUCCGGUCGAUGGCGGAGGCGCCGGCGAGCCCCGGUGGCGGCGGAGGCAGCCACGAGAGCGGCGGCGAGCAGAGCCCCCGAUCCAACGUCCGCGAGCAGGAUCGCUUCCUCCCCAUCGCCAACAUCAGCCGCAUCAUGAAGAAGGCCCUCCCCGCCAACGGCAAGAUCGCCAAGGACGCCAAGGAGACCGUCCAGGAGUGCGUCUCCGAGUUCAUCAGCUUCAUCACCAGCGAGGCGAGCGAUAAAUGCCAGAGGGAGAAGAGGAAGACGAUCAAUGGUGAUGAUUUGCUCUGGGCGAUGGCGACGUUGGGUUUCGAGGAUUACAUCGAGCCGCUGAAAUUGUACCUGCAGAAAUAUAGAGAGAUGGAGGGUGAUAGUAAGGUAUCUGCAAAAGGUGGAGACAACUCUGCUAGGAGAGAUGCAGUAGGUCCUCAAGGUGGAGCUCAACCUGGUCCAAGUACCCAAGGGCAGAUUGGUCAGCAAGGAUCUUCUCAGGUCAUGAACUAUAUGCAACCUCAGUUCCAUAAUGGGGAUAUCUCGAGUUGAAUGAUUAUGGGCCUAUUCCUGCUAGUUUUUCUUCAUUUCAGUAACUGGUAUGGAACCAUGGUCUUUGUGGAAGGAAUUGACCUGCUGGGUCUCAGGCUAUUUUGCAACUAAAACUGAUGACGGAUCGUCUUAGCAUGCUAGUAUCAUCAUCUUUUGGUUUGUAAAUUAAUUUGGAUGAAAUAGUCUGGACUUGGGGUAGUGUUCAGAAACAUGAUCCAUGUUUGUCUUCUUUGUUUGUGCAUAUAUGGAUGUCAUAUUUAUUGCUCAUUACUUUCCUUUAGCUAAGUUAAAUAUUUGAUGACCAUGUAGUUUCAGUUAAUAUCAAUGUGUCUGUUCAGAA